GACCGGAUGUUAGCAGGCUUCCCAUAGUACCUCGCGAGUGGCGGGCAUGAUAACAGAUCCAGGAGGGUGGCACGCGGGUUCGGGGUGUUGCUGUCGUCGUGCCUGUUCUUUCGGAGGUAGGGGUACGGGCACUGCCUAGUCCGCCGGUGCGAUGGCGCUUCUCCGGGGCAUGUGGGGCGCGCUGAGGACCCUGGGGAAGUCUGGAGCGGACCUGUGCGCGGGCUGUGGAAGUCGACUGCGCUCACCUUUCAGUUUUUCGUAUAUUCCGAAAUGGUGUUCAUCCACCUUUGGCAGCUAUCCAAAGAAACCUAUGACUUCAUACCUUCGAUUUUCUAAAGAACAGCUACCCAUAUUUAAAGCUAAGAACCCAGAGGCAAAAAAUUCAGAGCUAAUUAAAAGAAUUGCCGAGCUGUGGAGGGAACUUCCUGAUUCAGAGAAAAAGGUAUAUGAAGAUGCUUACAGGGUAGAGUGGGAGGCCUACAAAGAAGAGAUUAGCAGAAUUCAAGAACAUCUAACUCCAAGUCAGAUGCUAUCUAUGGAAAAAGAAAUCAUGCAAAAACGUUUAAAAAAGAAAGCAUUAAUGAAAAAGAGAGAGUUAACAAUGCUUGGAAAACCAAAAAGACCUCGCUCAGCUUAUAACAUUUUUGUAUCUGAAAGUUUCCAAGAAGCUAAAGAUGGUUCAUCACAGGCAAAGCUGAAGGCUGUAAAUGAUAACUGGAAAAAUCUGCCUAGUUCUCAAAAACAAGUAUAUAUUCAACUUGCUAAAGAUGAUAAAAUUCGUUACGAUAAUGAAAUGAAAUCUUGGGAAGAACAAAUGGUUGAAGUUGGACGAAGUGAUCUUAUACGUCGCAAAAUGAUGCACCAAACAAAAGAUGGAUCUGAGGAGAGUUAAAAUAGAAGAUUGAGUUGCAUUCAUGAUGGAUAGGCCUGAGAAGCUGAUUAAGUCAUAAUACCUGAUGCUGUUGUAAGAUUAGAAAGGAUAAAGUUGGUAAACAUUUUAUAUUCAAUUCCUUUUUCUUUAGCCCAUGGACUUCUUCCAGUUUAAUUCAUUUUGUAUUAGUAUCUUUCUUUGGGAAACCCAAAUAGAUGAAAGUUCUUACAAAAUUUAUUUUAUGUUAGGAACUACUGAGGAUGAAAAUAAUCCAUGCAAGUGUAGCAGUGAAUCAUUCUACCUUUGAUAAAGGUACACCAGACUGUGAAGUUUUUUAUCUGUAUGAUGAUGAUUGGAAGAGUGUUCUUGUUUCCUUAUAUUAUGGAGACAGGAGUUCCCUUUUCAAAAUUGUGACAAAUUGUAGAAGCCACAGUGUUCUAUGAUACAAUUGUGCAUUUUUUAAAAAGCAACCAGAACUCAACUAGGUCAAUUCCAGUUCCGCAGUAUAAUUCAUACAGCAUUUUGAGUGGAUGGUUGUACAUGCAAGUGAUCAUUGUUUUCAGUUGCUGCUUUUUAUAAAAGAGACUGAGAAAUUUAUAAACCUUUCUCAUCUUUUUCUUUUUCCUAAAAACUAAGAAAUUCUGUACCAGACCUAUGCAUGUUGUUUACAUUGCAUAGAAUAACAUUUUAAUCUUUAAUUUUAUGCUUGUGAAUUACACAUUUUAAUGGGAAACAUUUAUUUUACAUCUUUUAAGAAGGGAAUUGUAUUUUUUCUGGCUUAUUUUCUUUCUCUUGUAUGAAUAUAUUUAAGCACAAAGAAAACUUGUGUAAAUUUUUAAAUGAGAAAUUUAAUAAAACCUAAGUCUCCAAAGUCUUGGGAAUCUCAAGCAUUUUACCUAACAUAUAAAGGCCUUUGUAGAACAUAGCUACUAUACAGUCUUGACAAUUCAACCCACUUCCUGCUUUUCACAGUGAGAUAAGAAUUGUUUAUUUUAUAUCAUUAAAAAUUUAUGAUAAAUGAAAAUUAAUAGGAAAUUUAGUGCACAUAAGCAGAGGUUUAUUAGAACACAGCUUUGUUCAUUCUUAGUAUCUGUGGCUGCUUUUGUGUUACAAUGACAGAAUAGCUGUUACCAAGGCUGUAGUGUGCAAAGCCUAAAAUAUAUAUCUGGCCUUUUACAGACCAACUUUGUCAGUUUGUGUUUGAUAGUUCAUUGGAAGGGUAGUCAUACUAUACUAUACUGAUAGGUUGGGGUAUUUUUUUUUUUUUUCCAUCUGUUUCAGGUGAAUCAUUGUGUUCCUUAAGAGAAAAAGGUUGCUACUACAUAAGCCAAAAAGUUGCUUCUCAAUGUUACAGUGAAAAUAAUCUUGAGUCUCAAAUUAUGUUGGAGUAUAAGGAAAAAAGACCACAUAGUAUGGAAUGAGAUUCUCUUAAUAUUUGCUGUGACUCAGUGACAUGUACCUUAAAAGUUUUUCUGAGCACUUAUCACAGAAACCUCAUUGUAGUUGGGAAUCUUCAUUCUUCACCAUUUAUUUAUUUUCUGAGGACAGUUAAGCAAAGGUUUUCAAAAUCCACACCACCUUUUGGGCAGAAUAAUCUUUCCUCAUGAGUUUGCAGGUAUAGGACAACUCAGAAUUUAUGUGUACUUAAUACGUUAUGCAUAAUACUUAAGAAUUGUAGCUUCUAGCCCUCCAGAAAGACUUGGAAGAUUUUUGUUGUUUGUGGAUGGAAAACAAGUAAAGUCAUAAAGAUAUUGUCUUAUAUGUUAAGUUAGACAAAAGAGGAUCAGUACUGUGGCUCAGUCAGUUAAACCGCUGCCUGCAGCACUGGCAUCCCGUGUGGGCACUGAUUCAUGUCCGGACUGCUCUGCUUCCCAUCCAGCUCCUCGCUAAUGUGCCUGGGAAAGCAGUGGAAGAUGGCCCAAAUGCUUGGGCCUCUGCACCUGAGUAGAAGCUGCACCCAGAAGAAGCUCCUUGGCUCCUGGUUUUGCAUCGGCCCAGUUCUGGCCAUUGCAGCCAUUUGGAGAGUGAACCACGGAUGGAAGAUCCCUCUCUAACUCUUUGAAAUAAAUAAAAAUCUUAAGAAAAAAAUUUUAAAAAUUAGACAAAAGAUAGGAACUGAAGAGAAAAAUAUAUCUUAAGAGGAAAUGUAAUGUUAAAUAUAUAACGUUUUAAAUAUAUAAAACUUUCUUUUACAGAUAUGAGUAUUGAAGAAAAUCUGUUAUUGGUAACAAACAACCACAGGUUUGUGGCCAGGAUAGUUUAGAGGUAAGGGGAAAGAGGAGGUGUGCCAGUAUCUGUCGUAGUCUGAAGUAGGUUUGCAGGAGAGAAUAAUGACCUAACACCUCAUGGCAUCUGAAAUGAUUUUGACCAUGGACCAUCUCAGGAUAGUGUAGAAAAUUGCAGCUCAAGUCCUUGACUUAUUUCAGAUGCUCAGGGAAUGAAAAGAAGUCAGUGUAUAUAAUGAGCAUUGUGGAUUGUUGAAUUAGAAAAAUGAGUUAUGUAAAUAUCUACAGGACAGAUGUGGCAUAAGAGAUAUGUUUGUAGUUACUCUGCAGGGGAAAUUCCUCUGAACUCUUUCAGCAUUUAAAUACCUAACAUUACUUAACAUUCAAAUCGUACCUUCCAAGAUACACUGGGAAGUUAAGGUUAGUAGGUUCUCAAGUACUUAGAACCUAAUAUAGGAGGGAAAGGUAUAAAACAGCAAAAGAGAGCAGAAGCAUAAAUGAUAAUAUCGAAUUCUGUUUGGUUUUGUUUUUAAAAACAAGUUGUUGUUAAUACUUUAAAUCAGAAUAAUCUGAUUUCCAAGCCUUUCUUUAAAAACUUUGGUACAGAUUGGAGAUUCAAGCCUUAUAUAAAAUUUCUUCCAGUUGUACCAAUACACAGAUUUUCUGCUAUGAAGACUAAAAAUUCUACAUCAAAACCAGUAGACAUAAUAUGGCUUUGUUUUUUAGAGUUUUCCUAAUUUGACUUAACAAAAUAGUUGAUGAGUGAAUUAGGGAAAGAUAAUGAGGAAAUGAAAUAAAGCAGGGUGUAUGCUCUUAGAGGAGUAGUCAGUCCUAAAGAUUUUUAUACUUUAAUUCAUUGGUGUGCCAAUAUUAGGUUUCUUGAAAUAAUUUGAUGAGAGGAGAGAAGGUUCUAUGUUUAUUUUACUUUCUGAUAUUCACUUAGUGAAUAUUACGUACAAAUUAAAUAUGCUGUAAUUGUAUAAUUUUGCUGUCGCUCUUGGUUUUUUUGUUUUGGAAGUGCAAUUUUUUUAAAAGG